GUCUUCUGCUUCGCGAUAUCAACUACAUUCUAAACAAUGGCCCCCAAGAAAGACAAAGCUGAUGCUUCCAAGGCACCUCUGAUCAGUAUUACCGCUCCUAAGGAGGAGGACUUCCCCUCCUGGUACCAGCAGGUCCUCACCAAGGGUGAGAUGCUCGAGUACUACGAUGUCUCUGGCUGCUACAUCAUGAAACCCGGCUCCUACUCUGUCUGGGAGAAGAUCCAAAGCUGGUUCGACGGACAGAUCAAGGAGCUCGGCGUCCAGAAUGCUUACUUUCCUAUGUUUGUCUCCUCGCGAGUUUUGGAGAAGGAGAAGGAUCACGUUGAAGGCUUCGCCCCCGAAGUUGCCUGGGUCACCAAGGCCGGAGAAACUGAUCUCGAGGAGCCCAUCGCUAUCCGUCCUACCUCAGAGACCGUCAUGUACCCCUACUACGCAAAGUGGAUCCGCAGUCAUCGCGAUCUGCCCCUGAAGCUCAACCAGUGGAACUCCGUCGUCCGAUGGGAGUUCAAGCACCCCCAGCCUUUCAUUCGUACUCGUGAGUUCUUGUGGCAGGAAGGCCACACCGCUUUCUUGACCCGCGAAGAGGCCGAGAAGGAGGUUCUCCAGAUCCUCGACUUGUACGCUCGUGUGUACGAGGAGCUUCUCGCUGUGCCCGUCAUCAAGGGCCGCAAGACCGAGAAGGAGAAGUUCGCCGGUGGUUUCUUCACCACCACCACCGAGGGAUACAUCCCUGCCACCGGCCGUGGAAUCCAGGGCGCGACCUCGCACUGCUUGGGCCAGAACUUCUCAAAGAUGUUUGGUAUCACUGUCGAGGACCCCAACAAGACUGGCGAGAAAAUCAACGUCUGGCAAAACAGUUGGGGUCUUUCCACCCGUAGCAUCGGUGUCAUGGUCAUGGUCCACGGUGACGAUAAGGGCUUGGUCAUGCCUCCCCGCGUCGCGCAGUACCAGGUCGUCGUCAUCCCCUGCGGAAUCACUGCAAAGACAACCGAGGAAGACAAGGCAAACAUCAACAACGGAGUCGAGGAUAUCGCCGCGAGAUUGAAGAAGGCCGGUGUCCGCGUCGUCGCCGAUACCAGAGACAACUACUCCCCCGGCUGGAAGUUCUCCGACUGGGAACUCCGAGGUGUGCCUCUCCGCGUCGAGUUCGGCCCCAAGGAUUUCCAGAAGCAGCAGGUUACCACCGUCCGCCGUACGACCGGCGCGAAGGAGUCCAUCGACCUCUCUGCCAUCGAGACCGCGAUCCCUGAGACCCUCGAGGCCAUCCACGCCGAGAUGUACCAGAAGGCCAAGGACCAGUUCGACUCGCACGUCAUCCGGGUCACCAAGUGGGAGGACUUUAUUCCCGCGCUCAACGCCAAGAACUUGGUUCAGAUCCCGUGGUGCGGUGUGAUGCAGUGCGAGGAGGAGAUCAAGGAGAAGUCUGCGAGACAGGAGUCCACCGAGGCCGAGGACGAGCGCGCGCCUUCGAUGGGUGCCAAGAGCUUGUGUAUUCCUUUCGACCAGCCUGAGGGCAUCGUCAAGGGCGAGACCAAGUGCGCUGCUUGCGGAAAGGAUGCGGUUGAGUGGUGUAUGUUUGGAAGAAGUUACUAAUUUUCUUUUUCCCUUUUUUAUUCUGAAUCUUUGCAGUCAUGUACAUCACAAAUGCAUUAAUCUUUUUAAAAUCAAUCAAGAGUUCUUAGAUUAAGAU